AUGGGUGCAAUAAAAGUUGGUAGUGAAAAGAAAGUUGAUUUGGACGAUGUGUUGGACAGAUAUAGAAUAUUCGGUCGAUAUCACGGGGAGUUAAUGUGUUUACUUUUCUUAGCGUUUCUCACAAACCAGAUGUAUAGUUCAAAUUACGUUUUUGCUGCUGAAGAAGUGACUUAUAGGUGUAAAUAUGAUGCAGAAGGACCAUUUAAGUGUGCAGCCAAUUCUACAUAUUAUUGCUCAGAAUGGGUCUACGAUGAUCCAGACAGCUUCGUAGCCUAUUUCAAUUUAGCCUGCCAAGACUGGAAAAGAACAUUUGUUGGGACAGUGCACAGUUUUGGAUACAUGUGUGGGCUACUUCUCGUCGGACCCAUGUCAGAUAAAUUCGGAAGGAAGAACACCGCCAUUGUUUUAGGAGUCUUGGGAGGUUUGUUUGGGGUUAUAAGAAGUUUUUCCACAUGGUACUGGUUUUACAUAGCGAUGGAAUUUAUGGAAGGUGCUAUAGGAGAUAUUUGUUCACCUCUGUUCGUAUUUUCAUUAGAAAUUGUAUCAACUAAGAAGAAGCUAACGUUUUAUAUGUUGAGUGGAUUUGGCUAUGCAUUUGGUGGUGCAACUCUAGCUCUUGCAGCUUGGCUUACCCCGAACUGGAGAUGGCUCCUACGUAGUAUAUAUGCUCCUGCAUUUCUGUUCAUAUCUUACAAAUACCUUAUAGACGAAAGCCCAAGAUGGCUUCUAGUUAAAGGCAGAAAAGAUGAAGCGAUAGCAGUUUUAACGAACGCUGCUAAGAAAAAUAAAAUAGAUAUUGAUAAGAACAGUCUAGAUAAACUUACAUACGAAGUCAGUCCAAACGUUACGUUUAAUGAGUUAAUCCGAAACACGUUCUCAUCAAAGCAAUUGCGUAGACGUUUCUUUAUCUGCCUGGUUUGGUGGAUGACUUCGACAUUUGUAAAUUACGGGCUGGUGAUUAAUUCUGUUUCUUUACAAGGAAAUAAGUACAUAAAUUUUGCUCUAACAUUUCUGGUAGAUAUUCCUGGCAACUUAAUUAUAACAUAUGUUCUAAUUAAGUUCAAAAGAAAAUUACCUUUGAUGCUAUCAUUUUUCGCUGGCGCUGUGUUAUGUAUAUCUCAACCGUUUUUGCCAAACAUUCCCUGGCUAUCAAUUCUAUUCUACGUGACAAGCAAACUGAUGGGUUCCUUCUUUUUUUCCAUCACUUAUCUGUACACGUCGGAACUGUUCCCGACGUACACAAGGAACUCGAUGCACGCACUGUGCUCCUCGCUCGGUCGCAUCGGCUCUAUUAUAGCACCGCAAACGCCUUUACUGGUAACUUACUGGUCGGGUCUACCAUCUUUGGUUUUCGGAUUAGCCGCUUUAAUAGCAGGUCUUACCACUUUAUUAGUACCCGACGUAUCGAAUGACUCCCUCCCGGACACAGUACACCAGGCGGAAGCGCUUGGGAAAUCAAAAAAAGCCUUGGAGGCGCGUAAUGAAGAUAUCUCUCGACAGUCGAUAAAU